AUGGAAAAGGAACGCAAACCUAUUUGCAGUUUGUCCAAAAUGAUACAAAAAAAACGUUUUCCGGUUACAUCAGCCAUUAGGACUUUUGGCAAUUAUGGUGAGCAGAUUAUGCUCGAACUGGAAAAUUGCAUCGCUUAUCUGCCAAAACGGUUCAACAAUCGAUUGUCUGAUGAGGACAUUUCAAACCUACAUAAAUGCUGCUUUGAGGUGGUGGGACCGUUUGGAUACUCUUCGUUUCAGGUCGAUUUCCACUUGAAACCAGAGUUUGAAGAGGAACAGGUGGAAGAACAAGGAGUUCAACCCCAACAACAACAACAACCUCUUAACCUGGACGAAGAAGCAUCUACAUCGGCGCACGCCCAACAAAUCCAACAACAACAACAACAAAGCUCUCAACUUUAUACGACUAAAGGGUACAUAACCCCCAAUUCGACAAGAGAAAUUUGUAAAAUAGUUAAAAUCGACACAAAUUGUGCUAGCGUCCCUGCAGGUCUUGACCAUGUCGGAAAUCACUUAGACUUGGCAACUACUUUACGUAGUGAAUUAGCUGCUAUAUCAUGCAAACGUGAUCGUUUAGUCAUCGAACUUGCUGAAUCAAAAAGUGCCUUAGUUUCCAAAGAAUCAGAAUGUGAAUCCCUUCGGGCUCAAGCAGCCCGUCAAUCAGCCUUAAUCGGAUCCCUCCAAAGUCGUCUGCAAACCGCUGAAAACCGUGAACAUAGUAUUCAAUCACGAUGCGACAGUACAAUCAGUACAAUUCAACGUGAAAAGCGUUGUGUGGAUGAAAAGAGUAAAGAGUUAAUAUGCAAAAUAAACGAACUCGAAUCAAGACUUACCCAAGAAGAAACACAAAAAGAACAUGCCAAAGAUCAUUUGCAAGAACUUAUUCGAAAACUUAGUGCUUGUUUUUUAAUGGACAUUUGUGAUGCUCAACAUUUGUCACCGGAUUGUAUUAUAAAUCGAGCUGAAGAAAUUAUGGCUGAAUUGCAUAGAACAAAGUCUAAAAUUGCUUCAACUUGUGAUACUUUAAGUAGUUGUGAAAGUGAACUUUUGAAUCUCAAGACCAUUGCCAAUUCGGAUAAGCAAAGGUUAACAGCUCAGCUUGAAGUUAGUCACAAUCAUCAUCAUGAGUUGGAGAAUCGUCUGAGACAACUUGAGAGAGAUCUUCAAAUCGCAAGAGACCGUUUAACAGAGUCCGAAAUUACGGGUGAAAAAAUGAGAGAAGAGCUAAGAGGUUUCGAGUCUCGUUGUCAUCGAUUCCAAAGCAACAUGGAUCGAUCGCAAACUGAUCGUAUGCAAUUUUUGAGAAGUCUUGCUUCUUUGCUGAAUAUUCCCGAACCCUGUGAGACCUUGAUUAAGGAAAAAAUUAGGGAAAUUCUUAAUGAGAAUCAGACUCAACAUACGCAAUUACACUCUUUACGAGAUCAACUCAACUCCGAAUCAUGUAAGCUCAAAGAAAUCCAAGAAACUUCUCAAUGCCGUCUAAGAAAUGAAGAAACAAUGAAAGCUGAGAUUGAAGAACGCCUUGAAAGGACCCUAGCUGAACUGCACGAUAUUCGCCAAGAGCACAUGGGACUGUCAGAGUUUUUGGUAAGAUUGGCAAGAGCUAUUAGUUGGAGUGAGUGUACAUCACCUCCAGCCCCCGGAACUGAUACAAACAUUAUGGCCGAAAGUCUUUUAGAAAAAGCUGAACGAAUGGCAGCUCAUCAUGAUCAUCAUUCACAUUCACCCGAAAAGGUUUGUUGUGAUCAUGGGAGUCAUCAUCACUCACACGCUCAUAUUCAUGGAAAGCUUCGGAGGGAGAAAUCGUGUCAUGAUAUUUCAAUUAAGGAGAGCUCCAGUAUGUACCAGUUGCAACGGCGAGUCCGUGUUCUUCGAGAACAAGUUCAAAGACGAGAUCUUCACUUAGAGCUUUUGAAACGAAAGCUUGCAAUUAUUGAAGAUGGAGCUAGGGGAAAGUGUAUUCUCCAAGGUGAAAGGGACGAUGCUGUUUGUCGGGCUAAAAAAGCUAGCAAGCAAGUUGAUAAACUCACUGCUCAGUUGGUAGAUGCCAAGUCUCAAAUAGCUGAAGCUAGAGCUCAGCUUGCCGAAGCUGUUGAAUAUAAGAUAACUGCUCUUGAACGGGCCAGAAAAAUUGAUGAGCUUACCGGGCAGAUUUGCGAUUUGGAAGAAGAGAAGACCCGCCUCACAGCUCAGCUAAGUGCCUUGAAGGAAAGAAUGAAAACUUGUGCAGAGUCUUCACAAAAUCGACGUUGUCGUGAUGAAGCUUUGAUUAAUUCUCUUCGCGAUGAUAUCUCCCAAAUGCAAGGUCAACUCUCUGACGCCAAUCAUCGUCUUUCCCACCUUCAAUCAUUUCGAACUUCUGUCGCUCGUACUCUUCAUUUACGUGAUCUUCCCGAAACUGAUCUUCUCCAUCGUCUUCAGACUCUAUGUAGUGCCCAUCAAGAAUUUACACUUCUCUCGCGAAGAUUUGAAUCAGCUUCGCCUGUUGGGGAUCAUCCUUGUCCUCGUUAUGACGAUGCUAUACCACCAACAACUCACUGCCGUCCAUUGAGGUCUAGUAGUCCUGGACCACCAUGUGUUACGAGUACAACUGCCACACGUCAUGAGAGAUCUUCAUCGACUUUGCAAAGUUCUCGUCAUAAAGCACAUUAUAGAAGUCUCAGUAGAGGACGAUUAGGUCUGGGACUGGGAGAUACUAUUGACUGUGAAGAACAUUCUCGUGGACGUGAACAUUGCCAUGAUGGUCAUCAUUUUGAUGAAACUUAUGAAUUUAGUAAGAAAUAUUGAUGAAAAUACUUUUUCCAUAGAAACUUGGUUAGUUUUCAAAAUUUAAAUAAAUAACGGUUUUCCACUCAA